UUUUGGACGAGUUGCGCGUGUAUAUACUUUAUAAUUUUAUCAUAUUAUAAUCGUCGUCCCCCACCUCGACGGCGAACUAUAUGUACCGCAAAUGCAAUGCCGUCAGUGAUCCGUUUGCAUUGAAGGUACCUACCGUACAAAACCGACCGAAUAUUAAAUUUAUUAUUGUGUGUAUAAAACAAUUGCAACUCAAUACGACGACGACGACGACGAUAUCGUAUUACUGUUAUGUAUUGAUAUCAUCGCAGUAUCGCAUGCGAUUCAUCAUCGGCGGACCAUCGUCUUCCACCCGCGAACAUAAUAGAUAUUGUAAUAUAAUAAUAUUAUUAUUUAUCACAAAUUAUUAGACGAAUUUCCAACCAAUUUUCGUGUCCGCUUGACCACGGGGCCACUACGACUUCACAGACCGUGUCGGUAAUAUAGACACACGCACACACACGCACACACGCACACACACACACACACACACACACACACACACACACACACACACACACACACACACAUACUGAACACAUUACGUACAGACGAGGCGCAUACGACUCACCGCUAUUGAUAUAAUGGACCCGAGGAGACGUAACAAUAGUUAUUUGGUUAUCGCGUGCACGCUGGCCUUGGGUAUCCUCAUCUGUAUGCCUGUCACUGCUCGCUCGUUUACCAGAGGUCGCUGUUUCUUGCCACCAGACGAAGGCAGUUGUGGAAAUCGAUUGACUUUGAGAGUAAAAUACUACUUUGACUCAACUAAUGACGACUGCUCAGAAUUCAUUUACUUCGGUUGUGGUGGCAACGAUAAUCGAUUUGACACAUUCGAAGAAUGCGAAAAUGUAUGCAUAUUCUAUGGGUUUUAAAAUAAGCCGUCUUAGAAUAUUGGAUCUUCUGUGUUGGCAACCGACGUUUUACAAUUAUUGUCAAUGAAUGUUACAUAUAAAUGGAUGGAAAAAAUAUCAAGACAUUAUUAUGUUUUGAAAUAUUGGGAAGAGUGACGUGUAUAAUAAUAUGUGAACAGUGAUCAUUUAAUAAACACAUAUGUUAGCAUAGUUAAAUUUCAAAUGUAAUAAAUUGUAGUAGGUACCUAUUAUUUAAGUUACAAUAAUUUUUAUAUUAAAUAUCACAAAACCAUAUUUUGUAAAUAUUUAAAUCUGAAUAAUCUUUUAAAUUUGUAUUUGUAUAAAAUGUACUAGCUACCUAGAAAAUAAACGAAUAGAAAUAUUUGACUUGAUAUUA